AUAAAAGACUCUUCCGCGAACGGUCUCACUUAAAAUCCAUCUGACAAUUGCAGCAGCAAGUACAAGGAAAAAUCAAGCGCACUCAUAUAAAGUAUAUAUAAUUUAAUUUGUUGGUGAUUAAAAAAAAGAGGAGAAUACCUUCGAAAUUACAAGGAUACCAUAACUCAAAAUGCAGAUCUUUGUGAAGACCUUGACUGGCAAGACCAUUACUUUGGAGGUGGAGCCUUCCGAUACGAUUGAGAAUGUGAAGGCCAAGAUUCAGGACAAGGAGGGCAUUCCCCCAGAUCAGCAGCGACUGAUCUUUGCCGGCAAGCAGCUUGAGGAUGGCCGUACUCUUUCCGACUACAACAUUCAGAAAGAAUCCACCCUUCACUUGGUUCUCCGUCUCCGUGGUGGCAUGCAGAUCUUCGUGAAGACCCUGACUGGCAAGACCAUCACCCUUGAAGUUGAACCUUCUGAUACCAUUGAGAACGUGAAGGCUAAAAUUCAAGACAAGGAGGGAAUCCCCCCAGACCAGCAGCGUCAUUUCGCUGGUAAGCAACUGGAGGAUGGCCGUACCUUGUCGGACUACAACAUCCAGAAGGAGUCCACUCUGCACUUGGUGUUGCGUCUUCGUGGUGGCAUGCAAAUCUUCGUGAAGACCCUUACUGGCAAGACCAUAACACUGGAGGUUGAGCCUUCUGAUACUAUUGAGAACGUGAAGGCCAAGAUCCAGGACAAGGAAGGCAUUCCCCCAGAUCAGCAGCGUCUCAUUUUCGCUGGUAAGCAACUGGAGGAUGGCCGUACCUUGUCGGACUACAACAUUCAGAAAGAAUCCACCCUUCACUUGGUUCUCCGUCUUCGUGGUGGCAUGCAAAUCUUCGUGAAGACCCUGACUGGCAAGACCAUCACCCUUGAAGUUGAGCCUUCUGAUACCAUUGAGAACGUGAAGGCCAAGAUCCAGGACAAGGAAGGCAUUCCCCCAGAUCAGCAACGUCUCAUUUUCGCUGGUAAGCAACUGGAGGAUGGCCGUACGUUGUCUGACUACAACAUCCAGAAGGAGUCCACUCUGCACUUGGUGUUGCGUCUUCGUGGUGGCAUGCAAAUCUUCGUGAAGACCUUGACCGGUAAAACCAUCACUCUGGAGGUUGAACCUUCUGAUACCAUUGAGAACGUGAAGGCUAAAAUUCAAGACAAGGAGGGAAUCCCCCCAGACCAGCAGCGUCUCAUCUUCGCCGGAAAGCAACUGGAGGAUGGCCGUACCUUGUCGGACUACAACAUCCAGAAGGAGUCCACUCUGCACUUGGUGUUGCGUCUUCGUGGUGGCAUGCAAAUCUUCGUGAAGACCCUUACUGGCAAGACCAUAACACUGGAGGUUGAGCCUUCUGAUACUAUUGAGAACGUGAAGGCCAAGAUCCAGGACAAGGAAGGCAUUCCCCCAGAUCAGCAGCGUCUUAUUUUCGCUGGUAAGCAACUGGAGGAUGGCCGUACCUUGUCGGACUACAACAUCCAGAAGGAGUCCACUCUGCACUUGGUGUUGCGUCUUCGUGGUGGCAUGCAAAUCUUCGUGAAGACCCUUACUGGCAAGACCAUAACACUGGAGGUUGAGCCUUCUGAUACUAUUGAGAACGUGAAGGCCAAGAUCCAGGACAAGGAAGGCAUUCCCCCAGAUCAGCAGCGUCUUGAUCUUCCUGGCAAGCAACUGGAGGAUGGCCGUACUCUUGUCGACUACAACAUCCAGAAGGAGUCCACUCUGCACUUGGUGUUGCGUCUUCGUGGUGGCAUGCAAAUCUUCGUGAAGACCCUUACUGGCAAGACCAUAACACUGGAGGUUGAGCCUUCUGAUACUAUUGAGAACGUGAAGGCCAAGAUCCAGGACAAGGAAGGCAUUCCCCCAGAUCAGCAGCGUCUUAUUUUCGCUGGUAAGCAACUGGAGGAUGGCCGUACCUUGUCGGACUACAACAUCCAGAAGGAGUCCACUCUGCACUUGGUGUUGCGUCUUCGUGGUGGCAUGCAAAUCUUCGUGAAGACCUUGACCGGAAAAACCAUCACCUUGGAAGUCGAACCCUCUGAUACCAUUGAAAAUGUAAAGGCUAAGAUUCAGGACAAGGAAGGCAUUCCCCCAGACCAGCAGCGUUUGAUAUUCGCCGGCAAACAAUUGGAGGAUGGCCGUACGUUGUCGGACUACAACAUCCAGAAGGAGUCCACUCUGCACUUGGUGUUGCGUCUUCGUGGUGGCAUGCAAAUCUUCGUGAAGACCCUGACUGGCAAGACCAUCACCCUUGAAGUUGAGCCUUCUGAUACCAUUGAGAACGUGAAGGCCAAGAUCCAGGACAAGGAAGGCAUUCCCCCAGACCAGCAGCGUUUGAUCUUCGCCGGAAAGCAGCUUGAAGAUGGCCGUACUCUUUCGGAUUACAACAUCCAGAAGGAGUCUACCCUUCACUUGGUUCUUCGUCUGCGAGGCGGUAUGCAAAUCUUCGUGAAGACCCUGACUGGCAAGACCAUUACACUGGAGGUUGAGCCUUCUGAUACUAUUGAGAAUGUGAAGGCCAAGAUUCAGGACAAGGAGGGCAUUCCCCCAGAUCAGCAGCGAUUGAUUUUUGCCGGCAAACAGCUUGAGGAUGGACGAACCCUAUCCGAUUACAACAUACAGAAGGAAUCGACCCUUCACUUGGUGCUCCGUCUACGCGGAGGAAUCCAGGCUUAAACUGAACACAUUUCCAAAUAAACACAAUUCUUAGCACCGACA